AAGCUGAAAUUCGUUUUAAUUUUUUUGGUUUGUCACCGUUUGUAGUUCUUUUCUACAUUUUGUAGGAGAUAUUUGUAGUUCUUUUCUGACUAAGUCAAGUUUAAACCAUGACUUUUUGCAUACAUUGCGCUGGUUAGGUACAUAACAACAUUUAUCAGCAGUGGAUCCAGGAGUUGCAAACUUGUGAUGCAUCAUGGAUAGCGCUCUAUAGGUGUUUUAUGCUGCCAAAUCGAAUCCACAGCGAGCGCAGAUCGCUAAAAAGUUGCGGGUGAAUUAACUGUUCCGCGAAAUGAUGACUGAAGAUGAAAAGGAAUCUCCGGACCCGUCAUCUGAAUCUCCGAGCAAGAAGCCCAAGCUCACCAACGCUAGUGCUCACGAGCUGCCCAGGAUCGCGACACGCUCACUGUGGACCGCUGCAGCUGCUGUGUGUGAUUAUUCUCGCACUUCCAGCGAGACGUUUUGGACGGACCAUAUGGUCCGCGGAGGAUCCGUGCCAGCGCCGUUUCCAGCGUCUUUUAUUGCACACCGAACAGAAAUUUUUAAGGCUCGAAUACGCACGCUGGAUCGAAUGCAUGCGCAUCCGUCGGAUUUCAAGCCGCGCAGUAGAGCUGCCAGCGAUAGCCUGGAAAAAACAGCUGGUCCUGCAUUCAAGCUAUCGCUAACAUGUUCUUCCAGUAUGCAUAUGUACCGCUUUGGUGAAUUGAUUGGAUCUCAGAAGCUGCGACGCUUAUCGCGACUGCAAACUGUGCCACAUUCAAACGGCACCGGAUUGGCGCUGUGUAAUAUCUGCGCUCCAGCUACCAAAUCAGAAUCAGAACAUCCUUCAAGCGGCCUGCCAACGAGACUCCACAGUGUGUUAUUUGUUCCCCGGAAAUUCCACAGCACCUUCUUUAAUCGCACUGGAAGCACUCCACCUGAUCAUCCCGUAAACCAUUGUGAUUUGUUGAUUUCGACCGAAACUCAGCAAAAUAAUAAUCGCAUAUUGCGGUUUGCGAGUGCCGCGACGGGCAAGGAGAUUCUGAAGAUUUGGAUCGCAUCAACGUCACAUUUUUUUGGAGAUCUCGCUUUUCACCGAGAACCAGACAGCCUCUGCGUAAAGUCAUCACUCUUUUCGUACCGCUCGCCAAAUGCGGCACCGACUUUGGAAGGCAGCCCGCACCCCGAGAAACGCAUUAUAGUGAUGUAUUGGGAUUUGUUUCCUUUGCGAUACACAGGAGGCUUUGUUGUGAGUGAUACAGUAUUUGGGAAGGGGCUCACGGGGGUCGGAGAUUUUGAGGACACAUUGGCCGUAUGUUAUAAAGCGAAUUCGAAAGAGUUUUUGGAGCUGUUUGAUUUGAAACCGUUUCUCAAAAACGCACAAAAUGUCAGUAUUAUUUAUGGAGAUAAGUGGAACGAGUUGAAUUAUUCUCAAAGCACCAGUGGAGAUAUUAAGACCGGUUGUUAUCCUAUGCUUUCGGAAAAUCUCCGUGGUUAUGGUUUGUUUGGAUGCGGGAUGCCUUUGACGUUUGGUUUUGAAGAUAAACCACCUGUGUUGCUGAGGAUUUAUACCAGUCUGCAUUUUUUAUGUUUGUCGAUGCAUUUGCACCAUUUCUUGGUUGCUGACAAAACCUUAAAUGAGUUCUAUUUCAUCAACGCAUCUACUGGACAGCGGGUGGAUGGUCCGGUUUUACAUGGUGACAGUUAUUGCGAUAGUCCGGCUCUCGAAUUGUCCAGUUUGCUUCUUUUCGAUGCGAAAGGGGAGCGUUUGGCUUUAUGGAACGGGAUGCGCUUGGUUAUCUAUGUGAUACGGCGUUCUGGUCCCGAAAAGAAGUUAGUGUUGGAAGAAGAUCGCUACGUUUAUCCGCCCGACACAGUGGAAAUUCAGGGCGACACUAUUCACCAAGUGUGCUUAGUCCCCGCCAAACACAGUGAUGCUGUGGUGGUGUUGCCCAAGCAAAGUGGAAACUGGGCCUGUGAUCUGGUCUCUUACUGCUACGAUCUCGAUAUCCUGAUGGUGAUGUUUCAAAAAGAUCUAACUGAACGAAAGGGAGCGCGUUGUUUGCUAACGUUGUUGGAGGGGAGUUCGGGUGAUUUGUUGACUGUUGUGAAUCUGUGUGCACAUCGUUUACAUCAAACGGAUCAUAAAAGCGAGGUGGAGCUGGAUGAGUACGGAUUAUCUCAUUAUUAUGCCGAUAACGGCGGCAGUCAUACGCUGGACGUUUACACAUUCCGGGAAUUGGGUGAUGAUGAAAACCAGUGUUGCGUUUAUAAAGUUUUCAUUCCGCCAUCCAGUGCUGCUGCGAAACAAAAUCGAUCCUCGUUGGAAGUUGGGAAAUGGGUCGCGAACAACCUUUGAUUUCAAUUGUUAUUGUUUUCGAAUCUAAAACUGCAGUUGUAAAUGGUUCUUGUUUUCUGGUUUUUGUUUUAUUAGUCUUUUCUAGGUAACAGGAAAUAAAGGAAGCUGUAAAAAAUUGUACAUGCUUGUAUAUUGUGCGCGGAACUGUGCGCUACUGUUGUUGUAUCGAAUAAUUGCAGUAUACCGUAUUGUGU